AUGUCUCAUAAAUCUCAAAGCAAUGCCACAAGCUUGGAUACAAAUACAGAAGCGUUAGAAAUUAUCAGAGAAGAGCAAGGUUCUCCAACAACAUCUUCUGUGCGAAUUACGGCUUCAAAAGCAACCGCAGAAGAUUUAUUGAAAUGCAUUUGCCGAAAAUAUGACGAGGCUGUUAAAGAGCAAAUAGAUUUAGACAAACUAGACGAAAUACUCAAGGAAAAAGAAGCUGAGCUGCGUGCAGAUUAUGAUAAGAUAUUGGCAAGAGAGAAGGAGCUCAUAAAGGAAAGAUUCGACUUCAUUUUAAUAAAUGAACAAACACGUGCAUCUUACAUGCUUCGAGAAGCACACAGGGAAAGACAAGAAAAAAUAAAUGCAUUACAAAGCCAAUUACAAUGUAAAAACUUGGCAGCUUUAAUGUAUGUUAUGUGUACGGAAAGAAGAAGAAGUCGAUUAGAAAAAUUAAGAAUCAUUAGAGAUUACAAUGCUUAUAUAGAAGUUUUACAAAAUAUAUUGACUGAAGGUCAAGACCUUAUCCUUCAUUUAUCGAGAGGCUACAAGACGGCGGCUAGGGUUGACCAUGAAUGGCGUGAAAAAAUGAAAAAAAUCGUUGGUGAGUUCCUAUCUUUCAUCUACCACUUUGCGGGAGGCACUCCAGAAACGAACCAGUAUAUGCUAGAUCUGCCAAAGUUGCUUAAGAUCGAUACACCAGUAGUCGAUGACCCGCACGAGGACCCUUGUGAAGAAGAAGAAGAAGGGGAGGGUCAGGAAGGUGCAGAAGAGAACCCUGUGUUUGAAGAACCCCACGAAACAUCCUGGUGGGAGAGACUGACGGAUGAGCCACGUCCCUUCGUCAUGUACGGAGACAUGGCUGAGUUUAACCCGAAGCAGAGGAAAGAGGUCCUCACUCAUUUGAAGGCUCCUAAGACUGCUCCUAAACGAUGGCAGCAAUAUGUUUUCAGAGACAUGUUCUUCAACAAUAAGUGUAGCAAUCUGAAUAAAAUCAAGGACUUGUACUUGGAAAAGCUGCCCGUACCAGUCAAAUGGGAAUGUUCGUAUUCACCUGUUAACGAUAGGGACAGCAAUAUGAAGGGCAAUUCUAAACAGUCAAUCGGAAAUAUAUUUCGAGGGAACAGUGUGGAUAUUCGUGGCAACAUGGGCUCUAUUCUCAAGAUUAUCGCAUCAGUACCCAAUGGACCAGUAUCGGCGAAGACUGAACUCCUCGGAGCCAGGGACUCUAUGGAACUCACUUCGACCACCAAAUUGAAAGAAAGGAUUUCCAUAAAACCCCCGGAGCACGUGGAAGUGGAUGAAAAAGAUACGGUCAUCAAUAUUGGGAAGAAACGACUAUCAGUUUUCGACGUGCAAGAUGAAGAAGAAACCGUAGAACCAGUUGCGGCAGAACCUGUGCACCAAGAAGAUGAAAUAGUUGAUGAAUCAAUGUCACAACUCGGGAGUAUACAUAAUGACAGUCUGUCAGUAAUACAAACACAUGUACCUGAAGCUGACCACAAGAUUAACUACGAAAGGGUAUGUCCCAUGGAGAAGUGUCAGCGGCUCCAAGUGGACUCCUUCAUGAGGUCUCUCCCGCCGUACAUGAGAGCUAACCCCUUCACUCAUUUCGAACAGACCUUUGAUCAGUAUGAGACUUGCACACCAGAACAACUGGAGAUGCUAAAACAGCGGAUAGAGAACAAGAAGGUUAAAGAAGAAGAGGAGCUAUCCAUAGAAUCGUCGCCCCUGUCCGAGUGGGUAGGCAGAGGAGUCGCUUGCCAGACAUCCAACCUCUCUCUCGACUUACCUCCUUGCGAGUGCUAUGUCCCCAGCCCGACACCCGUGUCCAGCAACUAUACUUUCAACCUACAAGACCUGAUGCCAGUGAAGCACGCAAUGGACGCAAUCCACCGCGAGUGUCUCUACGACGACAAUAUCAACUUCAACAGGUUCAAGCUAAUAGGACAGGACAGUAGGGCGCAAGUAAAAGAGGAAGAACCAAAGCAAGAACCAAAGCAGGACUUCAUGAAAACACGAUACGACGAAAUAAAGAAAAUAUUGAAACAACACCCCAGCUUACUGGACAUAUUUCAAGCCAACACUAAAUAAUGAUAUAUUUCAGUCAGCCAAUGAAACAUACGUCUCGUGUAAACUUUUUAUUUCUAAAUCAUUAGUAACAAACAAACUAAAACCUAAU